GUCCAACGCUCGUUGACAUGACAAUAAUCAAUCAUUCUCACUCACUUAUUGUAAAUGUACCAAAACAACCCCGAGUAAAUGUUGAAAAUGUCACUUAUACCCUGUUGAUUGCUGUAAAAUGAAAAUCAAUUAGACCUCCUUGUAUUUACUGCUCUUCGCACCUAAAAAAACAACUUCAACAACAUUUAAAAUCGAUGAAUUUCUAAUUGACUGCAAUUCUACAAACAAUCUCUAAUUCAUUGUCCUAUUACCUAGCUAAAAAAACGAAUACUUCAAAAAAAAUAAAAACACCUGGAAUAUCAUUUCCCCUUCUUUCUAACACACAUUUGUCUCCUUCUCCAAGAACCCUAAUUUCAGCUGAUCUCAUCUCACCCAACAAAAAUCCAAUUUUCCCCAAAUCAAUUGAAUUCAAUCCAAAAUCUGAAAAUCACAUUCACCCCACUCACUCUUUCUCUCUCCUCUUACAGUCAUUGCUGUCGCCCUCAAUCGCGACUUUCUUCCACCACUACCCACAAUUCUUCCCCCCUUUUUUCCCCACUUUUUUUUUUUUCUCUCUCCCCUUUUCUUUUUCCAUAUAAAUUAGGGCAUCUUUUAGUGUUCCAAGAGAUGACUUCUUCUUCUUCUAUCAAUAAUAUUAAUAACCCAGAACCUGAUUCUUCUACCCCACCUCCUCAACCUGCUUCUGAAGUUGUUGCUGUUGAUUCUGAGAAAUUUGAAGCUGAAGAAGAAGCUUUCAUGGAGAAAUCUGAUGAUCCAAUGGAUGAUGAUUCUGUUAAUAGUCAUCCUGCUACUGUUUUUUCUAUCAAAUUGAACCAACCUCGCUCUAAUUUGCUUCAUAAAAUGAGUGUUCCUGAUCUUUGUCGCAAUUUUAGUGCUGUUGCCUGGUGUGGGAAGCUGAAUGCAGUAGCAUGUGCUUCAGAAACUUGUGCAAGAAUUCCAAGCUCCAGUGCCAAUCCGCCAUUCUGGAUCCCUAUACACAUAGUUAUUCCAGAGCGUCCCACCGAGAGUGCUGUAUUCAAUGUCAUAGCAGAUUGUCCCCGCGAUUCAGUUCAGUUUAUUGAAUGGUCUCCGCCUUGUUGUCCGCGGGCAUUAUUAAUCGCAAACUUCUAUGGAAGAGUAACAAUUUGGUCGCAGCCGACACAGGGGCCAGCUAACCUAGUGCGAGAUGCUAGUUCCUGGCAGCGUGAACAUGAAUGGAGGCAAGAUAUUGCAGUUGUAACAAAGUGGCUCUCUGGUGCUUCUCCGUAUAGGUGGCUUUCUGCAAAAUCCAAUAAUUCUACAAGCUUGAAGUCAACUUUUGAGGAAAAGUUCCUUCCUCAACUUCCACAAACUUCAGCUAGGUGGCCGAAUAUUCUUUGUGUAUGUUCUGUAUUUUCUUCUGGAUCUGUCCAACUUCACUGGUCUCAUUGGCCACCUCGAGACGGUGCAUCAGCGAAGUGGUUUUGCACCAGCAAAGGGCUCUUGGGGGCUGGACCCAGCGGGAUCAUGGCAGCUGAUGCAAUUGUGACCGACUCAGGAGCCAUGCAUGUUGCAGGUGUCCCUAUUGUAAAUCCAUCAACAGUAGUUGUCUGGGAGGUCACUCCAGGACCUGGAAAUGGAUUUGAAUCAACUCCAAAGACUACAAUAAGCAAUGCAGUCCCUCCUUCUGUCAAUCCCCCUAGUUGGUCAGGGUUCGCCCCCCUUGCAGCUUAUUUGUUUGACUGGCAAGAAUACUUCAUAUCAGAGGCAAAACAAGGGAAAAAACACUCAGAUAAAGAUUUUACUGAAAAUGUAUCACUGUAUUGUUCACCAGUCUCAAAUUUUUCGGCAUAUGUGAGUCCAGAGGCUGCAUCACAAUCAGCUGCAACCACUACGUGGGGUUCUGGUGUCACGGCUGUUUCAUUUGAUCCAACUCGCGGCGGUUCAGUUAUUACAGUGGUGAUAGUUGAGGGGCAGUACAUGUCUCCAUAUGACCCAGAUGAGGGUCCCUCAAUCACAGGAUGGAGAGUGCAGCGUUGGGAUUCGUGUCUUAAACCUGUUGUCCUUCACCAGAUAUUUGGGAGUCCUUCCAAUUUUGGAGGGCAGCCACCCAUGCAAACUGUUUGGGAUACAAAGGUCAACAAAAGCAUCCCACCAACUGAUGAUUUUAAGUGUCAGCAAGUAGCAUCAGCAGGACCAACUUCUGAUGUUCAGCUCAAACCUGAGUCAGCUGGUGAUAAGGAAAAAAAAGUCACAUUUGAUCACUUUAAUAUGCCCAGUGACGUUAGAACACUUGCUCGCAUUGUAUACGCUGCUCAUGGCGGUGAAGUUGCUAUUGCUUUUUUACGUGGUGGAAUCCAUAUUUAUUCAGGGCCAAACUUCACACCUGUUGAUACAUAUCAGAUUAAUGUUGGCUCAGCCAUAGCUGCUCCUGCUUUUUCUUCAACAAGCUGCUGCUCAGCUUCUGUAUGGCAUGAUACAUUUAAAGAUUGCACUAUGCUGAAGAUAAUCCGUGUUCUUCCACCUUCUGUUCCCAGUAAUCAAGCAAAAUCCAGUUCUCCUACCUGGGAACGUGCAAUUGCAGAAAGGUUUUGGUGGAGUCUUUUGGUCGGAGUAGAUUGGUGGGAUGCUGUUGGGUGUACACAAAGUGCUGCUGAAGAUGGAAUUGUUUCCUUGAACAGUGUUAUUGCUGUUUUGGAUGCUGACUUCCAUUCCUUGCCCUCUACUCAGCACAGACUGCAAUAUGGACCUAGUCUUGACAGGAUAAAAUGCAGGCUGCUGGAAGGCACAAACGCUCAAGAAGUCAGAGCUAUGGUUUUAGAUAUGCAAGCAAGGUUGUUAUUAGAUAUGCUUGGGAAGGGGAUUGAAUCAGCAUUGAUAAAUCCUUCAGCUUUGGUUUCUGAGCCUUGGCAGGCAUCUGGCGAGAUGUUGAAUGCAAUUGAUUCUGAAUCCAUGGCUGUUGAUCCAGCGCUGCAUUUAAGUGUUCAGGCCUAUGUUGAUGCUGUUCUAGAUCUUGCUUCACAUUUUAUCACACGUCUACGUCGUUAUGCAAGCUUUUGUCGCACAUUAGCGAAUCAUGCUGUUCAAGCAGGAACCGGUGGGAACCGGAAUUUGGUGGCUAGUCCUACACAGAGUUCUUCAUCUCCUGCUCCAAGUCAGGGAGCUCAAACCGGUACACCAAGCUCAACAGGAAACACCCAAAUGCAGGCUUGGGUCCAAGGUGCUAUUGCUAAGAUUAGUGGUACACCAGAUGGAGUUUCUAGUUCAACUCCUAACCCCUUGAGUGGGCCAACUUCAUAUAUGCCAAUCAGCAUAAAUACUGGAACUUUUCCUGGUACUCCUGCUGUCAGGCUUAUAGGCGACUGCCAUUUCCUGCAUAGACUGUGCCAACUUUUGCUAUUCUGCUUUUUUUUCCGACGGACAAAUCUAUCCCGCUUCAUCCCAAGCUCUCAGAGAAUGGCUGAUGCAAGUAUGCAAAAGACCCAGCCCAAUGUUGCAAGCAAGGUUGAAGAGAACCAGACAAAGUCCAUGCCAGUAUCAGGCAGGUUGGAAGAUGCUCAGGGUGCUCGUAGCAAUCAGUUAGUUGCUGGUGUCAAAGUCGAAGAUGGUCCUGCCGGCAGAGUUAGAAUGGGGACUGGUAAUGCUGGUCAAGGAUACACAUAUGAGGAGGUCAAAGUGCUGUUUCUGAUACUGAUGGAUCUCUGUAAGAGAACAGCAGGCCUUGCGCACCCGUUGCCUGUUUCUCAAGUUGGAAUGUCCAAUAUCCAGGUUCGGCUACACUAUAUUGAUGGAAACUAUACGGUAUUGCCAGAGGUUGUUGAAGCAUCACUUGGCCCACAUAUGCAGAAUAUGCCUAGGCCUAGAGGUGCAGAUGCUGCUGGUUUACUUCUACGUGAGUUGGAGCUCCACCCUCCUGCAGAAGAAUGGCAUCGUCGGAACAUGUUUGGGGGUCCAUGGUCUGAUCUUGAUGAAAUGGGUUCUGUUGAUGAUAACCCUAAGCUAAACACUUCUGUUGAUCCACUUGAUUCAAGCUCAAUGGAGAGUUGUGAUGUUUCCUAUGGAGUGCAGAGCCUAUGGCCAAGGAAACGCAGGCUGUCUGAAAGGGAUGCGGCUUUUGGCUUUAACACCUCAGUUGGUCUAGGAGCUUAUCUUGGUAUUAUGGGAUCUCGACGAGAUGUGGUGACUGCUGUUUGGAAGACUGGUUUGGAGGGUGUUUGGUUCAAGUGUAUAAGGUGUUUGCGACAAACCUCGGCUCUUUCCUCAACAGGCUCUACUAAUUCAUCCAAUCAGAAUGAACGAGAGACAUACUGGAUAAGUCGCUGGGCUUAUGGUUGCCCAAUGUGUGGUGGAGCAUGGGUUCGAGUGGUAUAAACAUUGUUAGUUAGGUUGUACAUUCUUUUAUUUACAGUCUGCUGACCAAAUCAGCGUUUUCUCUCCAUCAAAGAGGUCAUGACAAAGCUUUUUUUAGCUGAGAAAUGGGGAUUGCUGGACGUUGUGAAUAUAUGCAUCCUAAUUGUAGUGUUCACACUGGUGGAUGAUGAGAGGAAGAUGUUUACAUUGCCUGCAUGCAAAUAACCCUCUCGAGUCUUAGCGGUGAAGAAGAUUGCAAGGAUCUCAACCCUUGUUGAACAGAGUAACGAAGAGAGAGAACAAGUUUCUUUCAAGAUCUUUAAUCCAGAAGUGGUAGUUUCGGAUGGAUGCUGCUGCUGUCAUUCUUUGAAUAUAUGUUGGGUUCCUGUCAAUGCUUUGGAGACCUGAAAUCGAGAUUUCAGUUGAUGCGUUACUAAUCAGCUGUAAGAAUGGGAUUAAAAGCUCGAUCUCUUUGCAAUGCAAGAGCUUAUAUUAAUUGCAAUUUUGUAUAACUCUUACGUCUCUAUUGAUAUGUAUAGACUAUAGUGCGUUACCAAUUUUCUAGUUGAUGUCAAAGAAUUUUGGCCGUGUCAAGUGAUGUAUUCUUCAAACUGGAGUUUGAAAUCACAGAUGCAGUCAGUUUUACACUUUUACUCCCAUUUGUUAACUGAGGACUACAAACUUGAGAUUAAAAGUUGCAGAACUCAAAUGAUAAAAACUUUGGGAUAAUUUGAAGUAAAUUAA